CAAACUGAGUGGUCAGUGCAUUUGUGUAGUUCAAUUAACUAAAUACCCACUUGUGUUACGGGAAUCUGUUAAUGUUAUAUUGCCACAUUGCGUGGCAUUCCAUCAGACACGUGAUUCCAUCCUAGUGGUAAUAUAAAUAGCUGAUCCACGAAAAUGCCUUGUUAUCGUACUUUAUACAUAUAACAUUACCUGUUGUAUGUAUGAUCCAAGUUUAACUGUUUAUUGAUAUCAGUAGACACCAUGUUUUGUGCCAUUUUUUCAAGGGCCUUUGCUACACACAACAACUCGGUAUCUAUAUUACAGCAGCAUUACAACAGGCUACCAAUUCGUAAAAAGUUUAUACGUGCCAUCAAGCGUGGUACUCUUAUAUGGGAUCGUGGUCAGGUUAAGAUACCACCCUUGUUAUGUGAAGGUUACGACCCGCCUAAACACUGUCUACUGCCAAACGAGAAGCAUCGUCGUAACCAGUACCGUGGUCGUUUUGAGAACUUGAAGUCCAAACGUGUAUCUUUCUACGAUUGAGCGGCUACACCAAACCAUCGCAAGAUAAUUAACAAGUAUA